AUGAAGAAUCAUUAGUGCAUACAUUACUAGAUAUGAAAAUAGCAUCACUACGGCAACAGGCAUUAGAAAGGAUAUUAUCUGCUAAAAUUGGUUUAAAACCAGCUUUGAUAAUGAGAAUAGUGAGUGAUGUCGCUGAACAGAUCAACUCACAAGAUGUUGAAAGCAGAGAUUAUGAAAGUAAAUGCUUAUUACGUUACUGUAAUGUACAACUACAGUUACUCUAUUCAUAUAAUGCAAUUGACAAGGCAAUAAAGAUGACAGCACAGUCACCUGAUGGUGCUACACAAGGCAUUGAACAGGACUUGAUAUCAGUUCUGAACUGUACAAAAUCAGAAGUGGAAUAUUUACUAAAUCUCUUGAAUGAUUACCAACAAGAUAGCCAUCGACCGAGAGUACACUUCCAAGAAGACCACAUCCUGGAUACAGCUGGCUUUAUUAGUUGUUUUGAUAUGAAUUGCUAUCACCAUGGUGAUAGAGUUAAACAUUCUGAUGAUGACAAUGAUAAUGAUGACAAUGCUGUAGAAGAAAGCAGUACCAGUGCAUCUAUGUCUCAGAUUCCAGUGUAUCUUUUUGAAAACUUGUCAGAGGAACAACAUGUGCAAUUGGGGGUAUUUUUAUUCGGUAAUGUACUGGCUGGAUCAAGUUCUGUAAAUGACGUGAGCAUGGCAAUAAAAAGUGUUGGACUGUCAGCCAACACACUCAUGUCAACUCUUCUGUGUCUAUGGUUAUCAACUGAACACCAUUAUUACAAUGAUCUGUCAUCAUUACAAUAUUUAAAAGAGUUGAUCUAUGACAUAUGUCACAUGGUGGAUGAGAAGCAAACUAAACCUCCAGUUGAUGCAGUGUCACCGUGGUGGCAGUCCAUCAGAGAUAUCCUUAGUCAGUCAACUAACGUGGGUGCUGCUCUCACUGCUGCCAUGGUUACAAGAAGUGUUGCUAUGGGAAUGGUUUUUCGAGAUCAUAACUCAUCUGGAAAAAGAAAGGAUGUGGAGGAGAAACAUCUUGACGAAGAAACUGAAAAAGAUUGUGAUGAAAGUGAAAUGGAAUGUUCUGUUGCAUCACCUGACAAGUCGCCUGACCCAUCACCUGACAAGUCUCCGGAUAAGUCUUCUGAUAAGUCACCUGACACAGAAUCUCUUAUAUCGGAAGGUUGGGUCAGCAUAUCUGUAGACAUGGAGCUGUGGAAUUUAUUAGUACAUCAAUUAGAAGAUGUGACCACAGUUAAAUGUCUAUUACUAACAAAACCAUCCAAAAUUGCUCGAAAUCAAGCGAGUUCAUCCACAAAAGCAUGGACUUCAAGUAUAGUUGCCGAAGUGAUUGCAAGGUGGGUUGCCAAAUACUGUGUUCCCCACACUAUACUAGACUCCAUCCAUCCCAUGACUGACAGCUUUGAGAAACAUGCAUCAUAUGUUCCCAUGGUAACCAAAGACACAGCUGUUCAAGACGAGUUAAAUCAAAUUUCUGGUCUUUUGUCAUCGUUACGCAAAAGAUUUCCUAUUAGUUUACAACCUGAUUUACUCUAUGCACACUGUACAUGGGAAUAUAUUGUAUCAUGGAAUAAACAGACAGAGAUUGAACCUGAGGCGUCUAUUGUGCCAACAUUUGAGAUAGAAGAUAAUUGGGAAAAGAUAGAGGGACCCACAUCAAUAGCAGAGCUUGCCAUAGAUCAACCACUGUGUAAUUAUGCACUGGUAGAUUUACAUAAACAGCUGUGUACAAUAUUAAACAGUGUACUGGCAUUCUACAUGAGAUCAGUCAAACCACUGUCACUGUUUAAUUCAAAAGGAAGGAAUGCAUUGUUUAAAGACUUGAACUCCAACCCACCAUUGCCGUCGCAUGAUGUGGAUGUGUCGCUUCUCAAUUCAAGACAGAAGUUUCUAUGCAGAGUGAUUACCGCCUCAGUGGGAACCGUAGAGUUGAUGGAAGAUAGCAGUACAAGACAUGUGUCAUUAGAAUGGCCAUUAACAAUAAUACAGCUCGGCAUGGCUUUAAAUGUAGAUGUGGAUUUAUUGAAAAGACAUUAUGUUUACCAGUUAUAUGGUAGUGGUUAUGAUGCCAUGGCACAAGAGGUUCUUCAUACAGUUCAUGAGCAUGCUGAGAUGGGUGUGUUAUUACUACGUAUAGUUGGCUACAGAUUGGCACAUUUAGUGGUCAAUCCUGAUGCUGCACAUGUUGAAAAGUUGUCUCGUCUUCCUGUGCCCCUUGUCGCCUGGAUUAAAGGAUUGGAUGAAUCAGAUGUGAGGAAUGUUAACAUACCACUUACUGACACUGCCAUAUUGAUUGGCCAUAUUGUGAAUCAACUACCAGAGAACCAUCCAUUAUAUUCAUUAUCUGUGCAACUAGUGGAAGCAAUUGAUGCACUCAGAUAACACCCAUGCAAUUAUCUAAUCCAGAGACUUGUCAACUAGACACUGUAGAGGAACAAUGGGAUGAGAAUAAACAUACAGUUUAUAUGGCUUAUGCAAUAGAGAUUUGAUGGAAAUGCCUAGGCUAGUUAUGUUACAGAUAACAUAGCAAAUGUUGAACUUUACACUUAUAUAAAUGUUUAUUAUAUCUCACUGUAUCUUUGUAAUAUUUGAGAUAAAGAAAUUUAUUUAUAUGCAAUUGUAUUAUGCAGUGAAUUCAAAGGCAUGAAUGCAUGACGGUUUUAAUAAAUAUGGCAUUCUACAAAUGUUAUAGGGAUUCGGAUAUAUAUUUAUAUCAUCACCUACAUUAUUGAUAUUAUCAAUUUUUCCUCAACUCUUUAAUAACCGUCUUCCUAUAUGGGUCUCCCUGGUGAUCACAUUUGAAAAUUUUUUUUAUAUUUUUGUGCCAGGUGACAGGUACCAGACAUUUGAAUAUUACUGUUGUCUCUCUUUUUUUGUCAUGUUCAUUUUUCACAGUAACCAUAUACCGUACCAUGUUUUGGACUGUGUGAAACCCACAUGACCAUCUUCCUAUCUCAAAGGCUGUAGGGCAAUUUAAUGUGAUAUCCUGGCCCAUCAACCAGGCCCAGUCAAAGACAAGCCUAUCAACUCCUAGAUAGGAUUUGAACUUUAGUUUACCGAUAAUGGGGUCAUUCCAACAACCACUGUGCUGUAGGUGAUUCAGGUUUUGCCAAGAUGAAGCUUUUAUAGAUUUUAAAGCAAUUGACAUAUACUGAGUACCCUGUGAUGGAUGUAUUAUAACACUGGGUAUGAAAACAUGUUUUGUUGACAUCACAUCACUUAAUCACAUGGUACUUCAAAAUAGUUUCACUCAGAAUUAUUAAAUUU